GUCCUACCUACGGUACGGUAGGCGUACGAGUAUAAAAAUUAUAUGACGACAUCGAUUUUUGUUCCUGAAGUGGGAUAAUAUUUACGCCAGGAUCCAGCGACGCGCCGUAAUUGCCUCAGCUACCACCCCCAGCGUAAUGCCUCUCAGUUCGGAUCACCCCGUUUUUUUUCGCAUGGCCCGGGUGCACCGCAGUUACCAGUCUUGCUGUGAGACCUGAAAUUAAUGGGUUGUGGUAUUUCCAGCAAAGUCGAGUCGACGUCUAUAAGGGGCCCUCAGACCGCAGACCAGUCAUCAACCUUGACCCUAGGGCUAUUGCCUGCUCCGCGAGAAUCCCACGUGCUUCGUGGGGGCGGGCAUGAUUCCAGAAAUUCGCAUGUAUCUUGGCGAAGAGGUGAUCUGAUUGGCACCGGAGCGAAUGGACGGGUAUACCUUGGACUCGAAGAAGAUAGUGGUGCAAUUAUUGCAGUCAAAGAGAUGGCAUUCAGCAACGAGCAACAUUCCAGCGUCCUGCUCAAGAAUAUAGAGAAUGCACACGCAGGCAAGAACUGGAGGAACUGGCCCAAAUGCAAGAGGAAAUAGAGUUGCUUCGAUCCUUGCAGCAUCCUAACAUUGUGACUUACCUUGGCACAGACAUCUGUGAUGAAAAUAAAUUGCUUUAUAUCUUCACAGAGUGGGUUCCUGGCGGGUCGAUCCAAGCGCAAACGCAGUGUAGAAUAUACCUGGCGCGAUUCACGGCCAAUUCUAUAGUCUCAGGCACUGAUUACAAAAUUUGGUCGCUUAUCAGAGGCAAUUGUGCGCAAAUACGUUGCUCAGCUACUUGUCGGUCUUAAAUAUUUGCACGAACAACAAGUGAUUCAUCGCGACAUAAAAGCUGCAAACAUUUUAGUUGAUGAUCGAGGUACAAUUAAGCUCGCAGACUUUGGCAGCUCAAAAAGACUGGACUCAAUGGGCAUGAUAAACAAUGGUAACCUUUCACUCAGAGGGACGCCGUACUUUAUGGCGCCCGAAGUUAUCAUGCAAAUAGGGCAUGGGCGAAAGGCUGAUAUCUGGAGUGUAGGGUGCACAAUCUUGCAGAUGGUCACUGGGCAGCCUCCGUGGAAAAACCUUCGCCUCGGAACGCCCGCUGCACUCAUGUUUCAUAUAGCAAAUGCUCAAUCUCCUCCCCCAAUGCCGUGAGAUUCAGUGGUCUCUGUAUGCCUUUGUCUAUGGGGAGAGAGCGGGUUGGGAUAGGGUUGAGUAUCAUUUUUACUUCAACUAUAGGUCAAUGUUGUCCAUUGAGCUCAAUAACUUGCUCCUCGCCACAUUCUCUCGCGACACAAAUAGACGUCCAGCAGCCAAUGACUUACUCAGAUACCCUUUUGUUGUUGCAAAUGGUGCAGCAGCAGAGGCAAAUGCAGCCGAAAGUCGAGCGGCGCUGCGGAGUACACCACUUGCGCGAAGCAUGCGGGCUGCCAUGCCUAAUCAGGUCAGCACCAUCGAGGACGCUGCAGACCAUACUUUGGCAUGUCAGGCAAUUGGAAUCUUGAGUUAGAUGCCAGAGUCCACCACAUAUCAAUGAUGCCUCAUUUUCACACUCAGGCAAAGAGUCUGAUAGCGCCGAGGGCUUCUUCUUUGAAUCAUUUCGCAUGCCCCCAGGCGGCGAAGAUCCACUUACAGCGAAAGUUGACAAAGAGGGACAGGAUGUUUGUGGCCAGAUGAACCCCAACUUGAGAAUGGAAAAGCAAUUUUUGGGCUCAACACAUAGCAAUGGAGUGGACAAUGAAGCCCUUGUCACUAUGUUCCUCUCCAGAGAGGCGGCAGCUCAACUUGCUGGUGCAGACAAACAUUUCCCAGGUCAUCCACCAACAGCACAACCAACCCCAUCAAGCCAAAGGCACAAUGGCAAGAUUAGAUUGCGAGGGUUUGCAGCAAUUCUACCUUCUAGAACUCGCGGUUGUGAUGAAUCCUCAGUGGCCCAUUCGAAUCACCGAACAAGGAAAAGUCCGCUUCUAAUGACAAAACUGCCCCGACGUAAAUAACAACAACACCCCAAACAAGAAAGCCUCACUCGUUGUCCAUCCACCAACGACUCAUUAUGUAACCUACCCGCGGCCAGUCAGGUAGGAAUACUAGCAGCACCAUUAUCUUGAGAUAGGCGCAGAUAAGUCCCGCAAAAUUCAUGCAGGCACAACACGAGCGCUAUGAACAGUUUCCAAGUCCCCUUGUCUUCAAUGACAACCACAUAAUGGUCCAAUUCAUUCAAUGCUUGCCCCUGCCGAUUGUCUUAACUGCACCUGCGGCUUCAUUUGCAUGUCAAACGCAAUUGCUGUAGCGCGAGUCCAUAGGAGCGGGCUUGAGUGCUCUGGCCUCCGCAGUCAGAAUGCCGCGCGGUUACUUUGAGCUGGGCCAGGGCAUGCAGUCACAUGGUGUGUUCUCCGAGCGUAAAUGACGAGCCCAGUAGGACAAACCCCAGUUGGAGUUCUUGGCAAGUGCGAUUGACGGGAAGGUAACCCGCUCUAGAUACCUCCACUCUUAUAUUCGCACACCCAAAUCGGGACCGCACACCGCGCAACAACAAUGGCCAACCAGAUGAUAAAAUAGCUGCCAUCAAAGUUGCCAGUGACUUAAACUUAAACUUGAAUAACUUAUGCCAGUCACGGGCCCGGGCAUAAUUUUGAAAUAAAUUUGUGUGGAUUAAUACACUGGAUUAAUCAUGAUUGAAGUGGACCACCCCAAUAAAUGUCACGGUAACACCGCGACCCCUCCAAGACCCACUGUGUUUUACCUUAUUUUUUAUUUUUUUUUCAAUUUCGCAUGCUAACUUGAAGCUGGCAGACUUCAAGUUACUGGCACAGUGACUACUAGUAUUAGUAUGGUGAUGAUGAUGAUGAUGAUACUGUUGUUAGGGGACUGUUAGGGGAGACUAGUGGAGGUACCGUCCCCUAGGCCGGAACUUGAAGUCGGUUAAUUCGUUGGAGUAACAUUCUUCCUUACCUUC